AUGCUGUCCACCCGCGGCGUCACUCGCAUUUCGCGCAGGGCGCUCAACGCGAAGAAGACCAAUGCGUUCUUCUCCACUGCUGCUGUACCCGCUCUUGCGCGUACAGCACUUCCACGAUUCAACCAACAGCGUCCGGCCGCACCUCGCCGAGUUGCCCCGUCAUCCUCAGCAGCAGCUCGUACGUAUGCUACUGAGGCAAAGGGCCAGGUCGGCUCGGUGAAGACCGUUAUUGGUGCCGUUGUUGAUGUUCAAUUUGACACCGAAAACCUUCCUCCAAUUCUCAACGCCCUUGAGGUCCAGGAUUUCCAUGGCGGUCGUCUUGUCCUUGAGGUCGCUUCUCACCUUGGCGAGAACUCGGUCCGCACUAUUGCCAUGGACGGUACCGAAGGUCUUGUUCGCGGUCAGAAGGUCGUUGACACCGGAGCUCCCAUCCGUAUUCCUGUUGGAAAAGAGACCCUUGGCCGUAUUAUGAACGUCAUCGGCGAACCUAUUGACGAGCGUGGUCCGAUCAAAGGCGUGAAAUUGUCACCCAUCCACGCGGAGCCGCCGCCAUUCGUUGACCAGUCAACGACUGCUGAGGUACUUGAAACGGGUAUCAAGGUUGUUGAUCUUCUAGCACCGUAUGCCCGUGGUGGUAAGAUUGGUCUUUUCGGUGGUGCUGGUGUCGGCAAGACUGUGCUUAUCCAGGAGCUCAUCAACAACGUCGCCAAAGCACAUGGUGGUUUCUCCAUUUUCUGCGGUGUCGGCGAGCGUACUCGUGAGGGCAAUGACUUAUACCACGAAAUGAUUGAGACUGGUGUCAUCAACCUUGAGGGUGACUCUAAGGUCGCGCUUGUCUUUGGUCAAAUGAACGAGCCUCCUGGUGCGCGUGCCCGUGUUGCGCUUACUGGUCUUACUAUCGCCGAGUACUUCCGUGAUGAAGAAGGCCAGGAUGUGUUGCUUUUCAUCGACAACAUUUUCCGUUUCACUCAGGCAGGUUCCGAAGUGUCCGCACUGCUUGGUCGUAUCCCAUCUGCCGUCGGUUACCAGCCGACUCUUUCAACGGACAUGGGUGGCAUGCAGGAGCGUAUUACCACGACCAAGAAAGGUUCCAUUACGUCUGUGCAGGCUGUCUACGUCCCUGCCGAUGACUUGACUGACCCUGCUCCGGCCACAACCUUCGCUCACUUGGAUGCGACGACUGUGUUGUCGCGUGGUAUUGCUGAGCUUGGUAUUUACCCUGCCGUCGACCCGCUAGACUCUAAAUCCCGUAUGCUUGACCCACGUAUUGUCGGCAAGGAACACUACGACGUUGCAACUGCGGUGCAGAAGAUCUUGCAGGAUUACAAGUCCCUUCAGGAUAUCAUUGCCAUUCUCGGUAUGGACGAAUUGUCUGAAGAGGAUAAGUUGACUGUCGAGCGUGCACGUAAGAUCCAGCGUUUCAUGUCGCAGCCAUUCCAGGUCGCGCAGGUCUUCACUGGUUACGAAGGCAAGCUUGUACCGUUGAAGGACACCGUCCGGUCGUUCAAGGAGAUCAUCUCUGGACAACACGACUCGUUACCCGAGUCUGCCUUCUACAUGGCUGGUACGAUUGAGGAUGUGAAGUCGAAGGCAGAGCAACUUGCGAAGGAGAUGGGCAACUAG